AUGAGGAGAAUGACAAGAGACAGAGAGAGAGAGAGUCAAAGAGAACUGACGCUUGUGCAUUACAUCGCACUGGGCGUAGGAGCGCCGGCGCUUGCAUACCAGGCCAGGGCGAAGAGCAUUGGCAAGCAGUCACCGGGCGGAAAGAUGGAGGAGAACAGGAGAAAGAAGAAGGUCUCUCCCUACGACCAGGCCAACUUCAUCUCCAGACUUUUCUUCUGGCAGCAGCUCUUGCGCAAUGCAGACGGUGACGCCGGCCUCCCUGCUGUCGUGUCACUGUAUUACGUGUGCUAA